AUGGCGCGUCUUGCACUUGCCACCUGCGCAGACACCACCACUGCGCCAGCUAACGCGCCCGAAUAUGGCACAAUGCCCGCACCGUCUGUGCCGGUGACGUAUGCCUCCAGUUACUAUGGUUCCGAGGUCGACGUCGACGUCGACGUCCUCUCUGUCGCCUCCAUGAGCGACUAUGGCUCAGAAUUCGACGCAACCGAUAUCAACGAGGACGCGCUGCUGGCAAGCACGCUCGACUCGAUAGCACAGCACCGUCCCAGCGCCACCGACAAGGGCGUCUUGCUUCCCAGCAUCGAGUUUGAACAAGGCGAGGUCGAAGACGAAGACCAUGAUGACCUCGUGGUCGUACACAAGCCGUCUUUGCUGCGUGUGGCGAAGAAAGACAGGCGCAGUGCUAGGCACACAAACACGCGCAGACACGUCCAGAGCUCGCCCAUGCGAGACACGCUGGAAGUCGAGUACGACGAGCGUUCGCGCCGGGCAUGGAGUGUUCCUCUGGAAGAACCGCAACCCGCGCCUCAGCCAAGCAGGACCAGGUUCUCGCGCACGAACUCAGUCCCUGCCUCCUCACGCACGCUCUCCGUGCCCACGGCUGCCGAGAGUGACACCCGCCCGCCCAUUGAGCGCUUUCGCACCAAGCCUAAGAAGCCGCUCUCUGUAACCGACCUUGUCUCGCCAGCAUGGUGCGAACUGCAGUACUUUUACACGCUGUCCAGGUUCGGGCGCAAGCCUCGUACACAGGCUAUGCGCACCGGCUCUAGGAUCCACCAGAAGCUCGAAGAUGAGGUACACACGACGGUCCCGGUGCAAGUGCAGUCCAAGGAAGAUCGCUUCGGUCUGCGCAUGUGGAAUGCGAUAUCUGGCCUGCGGUGUCUGCGCGAUUCCGGAUUGACGAGAGAACUCGAGGUCUGGGGCGUGAUAGACGGACAGGUGGUGAAUGGCAUCAUCGACGAGGUCUCGUACGAAUGCCCUGAUCCAGCUCUCGAGGAGCACGUUGAACUCUCCAAGACGCAGAGGAGUGGUGGCACCGUCCCGCUGCCAAAAGACCAGCCUAGCAUCGCGCAAGCCUUUGCUAAAGCUUCUGGCGCAGACAACGCUGGCGAUGCAUGGAUCGGUCGUCCCGGACCAGACCGCCAAAUCUACAUUGCAGACGUGAAGACGCGUGGUGUACGCACAAAACCAACUGGAGCUUCACUGCGACCGACAUGGAUGCAGCUCAUGCUGUAUCGGAAGCUCCUCGAAUCUCUGUCACUCAAUACCGUAGACGCCGAAACCAUAUUCGCACGCUACGAUCUCAAGCCUCUGGAGCCGUUCACGGAAGUCUUCCUGCAGCAGGUUGGGGGGGUUGACCCCGAGAACGAGGUUGCCAACUUCCCCAACCUGCUCUCUUUGUGGUCUUUCCUCGUCACAGAGAUGCAGCUCGCGAUCCCACCUUUCAGUCUCUCGUCGAUUCUCCGCGCCGAGUUUCACUACUCGAAGACUGGAGACGUGAUUGGCAGUGAGCUCACUGUAUACGACACAUCUGUCAUCGAGAAAUACAUCGAGGAAGAGAUGGCAUGGUGGAAGGGCGCUAGGGAGGCAAAGGGCGUGGAGGUUGAGGAGGCGUUCAAGUGCAGGAUCUGUGAUUUUGCAGAUAGUUGUACGUGGCGGCAGAAAAAGGUCGACGAGGCGGUCGAGAAGAGCAGACUCAGACGGAUGGAGAGGGAAAAGAGCGCUGUCUAG